GCUGAUGUUCUAAUCUCUCAUUUCAUUUCUCCUUUCUCUGUUUCAGGUCCUGUAAUCACUAGAAAUGUCAGCUGAAAUAGAUGCCCUCCGGCAAGAAGCUGAGAAGCUCAAGAACGAUAUUAGGGUCCUCGAGUUCGUGCGGAGAAAAGCGCUGCGAGAGUUUGAAACGAAAACAAUUUCGGGGAACCCUGGGGCACCCGAAGAAUCUGCGAGAUGGGCGCAUCAUAUUUUGAAUGAUGAGCGAAAAUCUGCUAGGCUAGAGGAUGCUUCCGUUUAUUAUUUAUCCGGACUCUCUCGAGUAGCUUGCGAUGCGCGGAAGAAUGUAUGUGACACGACGCUGGCACAGGCGACAGCCAGCAUGGAACAAAUCGGCCGGAUUCAGAUGCGAACCCGACGCACUUUACGAGGCCACCUCGCCAAAAUCUACGCCAUGCAUUGGGGCUCGGACUCGAGGAAUUUGGUCAGUGCCAGUCAAGAUGGGAAGCUCAUCGUGUGGGACUCGUACACGACGAACAAGGUGCAUGCCAUUCCGCUGCGGUCUUCUUGGGUCAUGACCUGUGCCUAUGCUCCGUCGGGCAAUUUCGUUGCUUGCGGCGGGCUCGACAAUAUCUGCUCCAUAUACAGCCUGAGAACCCGUGAAGGAAGCGUGCGCGUGAGCAGAGAACUUCCCGGUCACACGGGCUACCUGAGCUGUUGCAGAUUCCUCGACGAUAACCAGAUUGUGACGUCGUCCGGAGACAUGACUUGUGCGUUGUGGGACAUAGAGACUGGUCAGCAGACGACGUCCUUCACGGGACACACUGGCGACGUGAUGUCCCUGUCAGUGUCUCCCGACAUGAAGGCCUUCGUUUCGGGAGCGUGCGAUGCCUCUGCUAAGCUGUGGGACAUCCGGGAUGGUAUGUGUCGACAGACGUUCCCAGGACAUGAAUCGGACAUCAACGCAGUCACAUUCUUCCCGAAUGGGAAUGCAUUUGCGACUGGGUCGGACGAUGCGACUUGUCGGCUGUUCGACAUCCGCGCGGACCAGGAACUCGCGAUGUACUCGCACGACAACAUCAUCUGCGGCAUCACUUCCGUCGCGUUCUCCAAGUCGGGCCGUCUGCUGCUCGCCGGCUACGACGACUUCAAUUGCAACGUCUGGGAUUCCAUGAAGGCCGAACGAGCGGGCGUGUUGGCUGGACACGACAACCGAGUGAGCUGUCUUGGCGUGACCGAGGACGGCAUGGCGGUGUGCACAGGAUCCUGGGACUCCUUCCUCAAGAUAUGGAACUAAGGACAGCUGGCGUGAAUAGCUAUUGCGACGAAGAACUUUUUUUCUAUCCUGCACCUUCCUCUCCGCUCCACGCCACGAGCUUCGACGAGUCCCGUUCAUCAUCAUCAUCAUGGUCUUCUUCUCCCGCCUCUGCUGUUGCCUGGGUCCUCGUUCGACUGGCUGUGCGCAGCAGACAACGGAGAAGCUUUGUCUGAGAAGAAAAAAAUGAGGAGUCUGUGCACGCGGAAUGUCGGUUUUAGGGAAGGCGCGUGUCAUUCAAGCUUUGACGGUCUGUUUUAAGCUUUUUUUUAAUUUUGGGUUUCUUGGUUUCCGAUAUUUGCACGCGACGGAGAUUCCAACGCUGUUCAUAUUUUCAAGAAAUCUGGAGAAGUGGGGGGAGCGAGAUGGUCUUGUGUGGAUGCGUUUUAGGGAUGUUCGGGAGGGAAAGGGGGCAUGGACUUCGUCACUCUUCUUGGGACACGAAUCGUUUUCGCGGUAGUUUCUUGUGAGGAAUUUGGCUAGUUUUGUUUCGACAGUCGAGCGAGGGAAGCAGGCAAGAAAUUUGGCUUUGUUCGUCAAACGUUUGAGUGUCCCAUGAAGAGCGAGAACAUAGACAAGAAAAAAAAAAACGAGAUAAAAUAAAAGGGAAGAGGGCGGAUGUCGGCAGUUUUUCGCCACUCUGGUGUUUUCUUGGGUGGAUGUGAAGGAAGUGGGGGAGGAUUCACUGCCGUUGGUGGGAUUCAAGUGUCAUGUUCGGCUUCCGCUUGUUCCUCGGCUUGUUUCGAGAAUAUUUUGAGGAGCUUUUUGAUCUGCCUGCCUGCCUGCAUCUGAUUUUUUCUUUUUGUUCUGGUGUUUCUUGCCUUUUUGUGGGGAUUUUCUCGCGUCCGACGCCUUUUCCCGUCUCGCCUUCUGAUUUCGUGUCCCCCCGACCGGUUUCUUCUGGGACCAUGAUUUUUCGCGUGUGAUUGGCUCUCUCUCUUGUCUCUCCGCAAAACAUUAUUUGCAUCACCUCUGGGCGGGAGGGUUGAACGGACUGCAUAGGGGCUUUUUUUGUUUUGUAGCACGCGUUUUUUUCUCGCUGGUUGCCUAUCUCCAAAACAGGCCGGUUCCCUCAUUCCACUUCUCAGGACGGUUCUGUGCUUGAACAUUUUUCUAUCAGUCUCUUUUUUUUUUUUUUUUCAAAGGUUACUUGAGACCGUAAAGCAGUGCUCUUUCAAGGGCUUCGAAAGAGGUGUUUGUUUGGAUGCUUGUCGUCUUCUUCGUUUUGCUUCCCGACUUCUCACUUCACCUGCUUGUUGAACCAAAUAGUGCAAGAUCCAACCCGUCUUUCUUCUCGUUCUGAAGAUGCGACGUGAGUAGAGCAAAAAAGCUUGCGAAAAAUAAACAUCGUGUGAGAAGGUGAAGAGAAGACACCGUCCUGGGAAGAGCUGAACGACCGCCUGCAUUCUCCUAGUCACAAAAAAGGGAAGCAUGCGUUUCCAGAUUGCGUUUCAAAGGUUCCGUUGAAGUUUUUUUAUUCGUAUUAGUCUGUCGGGGGAUGUUCACUCACGAGGGCAAUCGGGGAAAGAAGGGGUUUUUUUGCGUGUGGAUUAAAAGGGACGGAGGUCGGAUCCUUGAAAUCUAGUUUUCAAGAUUUUCACAGAGGUGAUGAUGCAGUAGGAAGCGUGUGUGAUUGCGUCUGCGAGGGCAAAAGCUUAAUUUAUUUCGGAGUGGAUGACCUGAGUUGUCAAUCGGUUUGUUCUCGUUUACUUUUUUUUUUUGUGUGUGAGGAUGAGAGUGAUUGGGAUUUUUUUUUUUUUUUUGCUUUCGGCGAUGAUAAGGGGGAAACGUGUGUGUGGGAGAGGGAGAGAGAGAAACCGGCUUGCUUAUGAACGCAGUUCUUUCCUUCUUCUGCGCGACUUUUUUUUUGUAGGCGGCCCCAAAGAACGUUUUUUGAUACCGUGCCCCGGGAUGCCGUUGAGAAAUUGUUACUGCCAUGGAAAUUCCUUUUUGUCGAGUGAGGCGCUACGAAGGGUUCUACUUUCGAGAGGAGAGAAACUCUUCUUUCACGUGGCCCAUGGCGGCGGGAGGACGCCGGUUUUUUGAACAUCAGAAUCCAGGGCUCGCCGGCGCCCUUCACGGCGGCAUCUGCCAAUUUGAAGAGAAAAGAAGAAAGCAAUGUCGCUUCUUUUGGUUUUCCUCCUGCACAAUGUCUGCCUUCUCUCCGUUCGUGCCAUUUGCGUUUUUCACCGACUAUAAUAAACAAGAGAGGGAAAAAAGAAGCAAGAGAGAGAAAGGACACAAAGAGCAUGAGAGAACUAAUCGCGCAAAUGAAACAAAUUUUUUUUUUCAUUUUCCUGAAGAGAGGGGGAAGGCGAGUUGAGCUUUACCGAAAUCCCUCGCGGUUUCGUUUUUUUUGCCACAAAGAAAAAGAAAGAAGAAAACAGAAGAAAAGAAAAAAGUUUUAGGGUUUUUAUUUGAAUUCGUGCGAAUAUUCGGAACGGUUUUCGUGAUUUUUUCGUCUCGUUGGUGUUCCUUCGCAUUGCCGUGAUGACAGUUUUUCCUCCGGUGGAAAUCCUCUGCGAGAUUCCACGUUGAUUCCCGCUGUUUCGGAAAUGUGUGCUCACUUUCGUCUCCCCUUUUUAUCUUCACAAGCUGAUUGAUUGAUUGAUUGAAGAAACGAGACGUGGGGAGGAACAGAUUUUUCUUUUUUCUUUCAAGCAAAUGAACGCAGAAAAAAGUGGGAGGGAGGGGAAAAACGCGCCCGGGGCU